AUGGCUGAAGUGAAAGAUCCAUCUCGGGAGUCGUCACCCACUUCGAGUAACCCGGUACCUGUCGCCAGCUCUGAAGAGUCGAAAGAUGUAUCGAUACGCAAUACUACAGAUGAGGAUGAGAAGAAAGCGGCUCCUCCAACCGGGCCUCCCAGUGUGGAGUAUCCGGGAGCCAUAAUGGGCAGUAUUCUCACCAUCGCCUUGCUGCUGGCUAUGUUUCUGGUCGCUUUGGACAUGAGCAUCAUCACUACCGCUAUCCCCACUAUCACGGCUCGCUUCCAUAGCGAAGGUCAGAUGGGAUGGUAUGGUUCCGCCUUCUUCCUUUGUUUGGCCAGCUUUCAGUCCUUUUGGGGGAAAGCAUACAAGUACUUCCCCAUCAAGAUUGCCUUUUUAACCGCCAUCGCCGUGUUUGAGCUGGGAAGCUUGGUAGCUGCCCUCUCGCCCAACAGCCCGGCCUUGAUCAUCGGCCGUGCCAUUCAAGGCGUCGGUGGCGCGGGUGUUACCGGUGGCUGUUACACAGUGUUAGCGUUCAUCACGCGUCCCAAAUACCUACACGCAGUGUUCGGUCUCACCAGUGGCGUCUUUAGCUUGUCUUCUGUGCUGGGCCCUAUACUGAGUGGUGUAUUCACCCAGUACGCGACAUGGCGAUGGUGCUUCUGGGUUAACUUACCCAUUGGAGGACUUUCAAUGAUCAUUUUGGUGUUGUUCUUGAAGAUGCCUCCUCAUUCUCGUGUUGCGCAUGCUAAAUUGAAGGAGCUCCCCUUCCUCUUCGAUAUCCCGGGCAUCGCCCUCACGGUGUGUGCGUUGGUAUGCCUGGUCUUGGUACUGGAGAACGGCGGUGUCACCAAGCCCUGGAACAGCGGCUACUGUAUUGGACUUCUCAUUGGAUUUAUCCUGAUGGUUAUUUUGCUCAUCGCGCUAGAAUGGAAGCAAGGUGAAGGGGCCAUGAUUGUUCCUCGGAUCAUCAAGCGCCGAACCAUUCUGGUCCUUGCCCUGUUCAACUUGACAGCACAGGGAUCUGGGUUUGCCCGUAUUUAUAACCUUCCCAUUUACUUCCAGGCAGCACAAGGCCAGUCACCAUCAGAGUCGGGCAUUCGAACACUGCCUACAGUGUUGACAACCUCCAUAUUUAGUUUCGCCGGGUCCCUUGCUAUCGGCAAGGUGGGCUACUACCAGCCCUUCCUCUUACUGGGUUCCAUGUUUGUGACGGUAGGAUCCGCUAUGAUCUACACCCUGGAGCCGAACUCUGGGGCAGGCAAAUACAUUGGCUAUCAGGUGCUGGCCUCAAUUGGGUCGGGCCUCAUCAUCCAGCUCAACGUCAUUGUGGCUCAGGCCAUCUCCAAGCGGGCGGACAUGUCUGUCACCGUGGGCUCCGUUUUAUUCUUCCAAUUUAUUGGCGGUACUAUCGGUGUUUCAGCUUCCACGAAUAUAAUGAACAACGUCCUCAUUUCCUCGCUGCCGAAAGAUGGCUCGAUAUCUACCGCUGAUGUGUUUGCCGCUGGUUCAGCCAAUUUGGCCAAGAUCUUCCGGAAUGCCAAGGAGCUCAAUAUCGUUGUUAACGCUUACAUGAAAGGACUAAAGGCCGCCUGGAUCUGGAGUAUUGCCCUAGCCGGAGUGUCCUUCUUGGUCGCCCUUGCUGCAGAGCACAAGAGCGUACGGUUAGACCAUGUUAAAAAGAGAGCCGAGAAGAAAGCUGCGGCUGAAGCUGCGACUCCUUGA